AUGCAAGAUAAUGUGGAAUACGGGUACAAAGGCAAAACCCCAUCAGAAACAACAUUCAAUUUUCUUUCAGCUUUGGGUGACGUGGCAUUUGCAUAUGCGGGCCAUAAUGUUGUGCUUGAGAUCCAGGCAACAAUUCCUUCAACACCCGAAAAGCCUUCAAAGGGGCCCAUGUGGAAGGGGGUGGUGGUGGCUUAUGUGGUGGUGGCUUUGUGCUAUUUUCCGGUGGCUUUUCUUGGAUAUUAUAUGUUUGGAAAUCAAGUGGCGGAUAAUAUUUUGAUUUCAUUACAUAAGCCUAAAUGGCUUAUUGCUGCUGCUAACUUGUUUGUGGUUAUCCAUGUCAUCGGUAGUUAUCAGAUCUAUGCAAUGCCGGUUUUUGACAUGAUGGAAACCUUGUUGGUGAAAAAAAUGAAAUUCAAACCAACUUGGAUCUUGCGAUUUUGGACGCGUAAUAUCUACGUAGCAUUCACAAUGUUUGUUGCUAUAACCUUCCCUUUCUUUGGAGGUCUCCUAGGAUUUUUCGGAGGCUUAGCAUUUGCCCCCACAACUUAUUUUCUUCCAUGUAUAAUGUGGCUUGCCAUUUGCAAACCAAAGAGGUUUAGCUUGUCUUGGUGCACUAAUUGGAUUUGCAUCUUUCUUGGUUUGUGUUUGAUGAUUCUAUCACCUAUUGGGGGACUUUACAAUAUCAUUAAGCAAGCCAAGGAUUAUAAGUUCUAUAGUUGA